AAUUGUAAAAGAAAUCGUGAAUGAAUUUUGUUUAUUAUCUACUCUAUUGCGAAUGUUGUCAAUAAUUUAGAGAAAUAAUGGUGUAUCUUAAUUAAUUAUAUCAAAAUUGUGGUGAUAUAUUUAGUUUUGACCCAAUUCUAGUUGUUUGUGAUUAUAAUAUUUACUGGUAACCUCCAAAGAACAAAGUGUACAAUGCCGACGGUCCCUCGUAUUUAAUGCGCUAUUCCCGACAUGGAAUCCCUAAAUGAUCCGUUAUCAAUUAAAAAUCCGCUAAGGUUGGAGCGUGAUAGUGAUAAAAGCAGAAAUUGCAACGGCCCUUCUAAACAGCGAGGCUCUAACGACAACCCUGAAAGUGUGUUUACAUCCGCAACGAAUGAGCUAGACGCAAAUUCAACGUCGCAAAAUGGACCACUACAAAGACAUUCGAAUUCUCUGAAUAACGAAUCGUCGCAGUCAUGUAGUAAAGCAAGUGACAGUAACAAUGAAUGUAAUAAAAAUACUGGUGGUGCUACACAAGGUAACAAAGUAAAUAACUGCAAUACCGAGCAGGUUGCGACCCCGGGCUGCAGUAAAUCUGACACAACUGACAGCAAUGCUGAGCCAGCAACAUGUUCAAAACACAAGUUGUGUAUUGAUAAAGCUGCAAACAAUAGUGCAGUAGUUGCUUCAACAAGUGGCACAAGUAAACCUGUAGACAAUGCAGAAAGCAGCAGUUCUAGAGAAAACCGCAAAAGACCUUCAACUUUGAAACUCAAUAGGCCAAAUUUUGAUGACGAUGACAGCUCAAGUGAUACAGGCAAUGAUGACUACUCUUUGGGUUCUGAAGAUGGGUGUAUCUAUACAUACAGGGGUGGGGAACAUUUGGCAGACUUGCCAAGUUCAUUCUUUAGUCUAGACAUGGGUUUGCCUCUGGAUAGGCACCUUCCACCUGGUCCUUUAAAUUACCCAGCUCAACAGGGAGCACAUAAUGCCCGAGAACAGAACUCCAGAGCUUCCAGCCCUGAUAUGGACUUUCUAGAAAUGGAUUUCGAUCCGGGACCUUCAUGUGAGGUUGAUUCUGGGGAUGAGUCUAGUCCAGACGCUGACUUAGAGGCAGAAAUAAUAAUGCCUGAAGAAAACGAGCCGGUACUGAGAGGGACGUCUCCAGAGUACUUAGCUGGUGCUAGGUAUGUCCCCCCACCUAUAAGCGUUCCCACCACUUCGUCUGCUCCUGAUGCAAGUUGUUCCAACGUGCCAUCUACUAGUCGUGGUGUGCCGACAGACCAUGGUGACGUGAGAGAUGAUUCUAGAAGUUCUCAUUUGUAUGGACCACUAAUAACACAUGUUAACGUAAGGGGAGAACAGCUGCUGGUUAGAAGAACCAUGUCUCAUUGGCCACAUUCCACAUCUGUGAACCUUCAUGUUUCAAGUGGUGAUCUGGUAUCACCAAGAGAAAUGUUAAAUUAUGAUGAUGACACUGAGGGACCAUUUGCGCAUCAAAUCAACCAAGGAGAAAGGCCAAUGUAUGACUCAGCAAACUUGUCAUCAGCAUUGUAUCAUCUUACAAUGGCUAAAAAGCUUGUUGAAAAUGCCAAAGCUGACACAGACCAGCCAACAAAUUACAGCGAGGCAGGCCCGAGCACCAGUUCGGACGACUCUCGCUGCACCCUGCCGCCGCGGUGUAUGGUGUGGUCGGAGCGAGAGGCUUGCGAGCGGCAAGUCACGCAGAUAGGCACCUCGGCCUGUGGGGCUACUGCCGUCGUCAAUGUAUUUAUUGCAUUGGGCGUCCCAGUAAACGUAGAAAAAAUCAAUACAGCUGUCGGUACAAGACUGAGGGCUAACACAGCCCCACUACCAAGGUACCUGCUAUCCCGCGCCGUGGCCGGCUGCACAGCAGCGGACCUAGUGACGGGCAUCCAGCGCGCGUCGGACGGGCUGGUGACCGCGCGGUUCUUCCCGACCUAUCCGGAGCGCGCGGUCUCGCUGUCACACUGGCUGGCAGACUGGAUUUCUUUAGGCAAGUGUUUCCUCACACCAGUCUACUGGUACCUGCUAUCCCGCGCCGUGGCCGGCUGCACAGCAGCGGACCUAGUGACGGGCAUCCAGCGCGCGUCGGACGGGCUGGUGACCGCGCGGUUCUUCCCGACCUAUCCGGAGCGCGCGGUCUCGCUGUCACACUGGCUGGCAGACUGGAUUUCUUUAGGCAAGUGUUUCCUCACACCAGUGUGCACCAUGAGUUUACAUUAUUGCGACAACUGCCGCGCGUCGGACGGGCUGGUGACCGCGCGGUUCUUCCCGACCUAUCCGGAGCGCGCGGUCUCGCUGUCACACUGGCUGGCGGACUGGAUUUCCUUAGGUGCAGUCCCAAUAGUGACGUUAAAUCUACAAGUCGGUUGCGAGGGCGAAAUCCCAGACGCGUGGCACCAUCAAAUGGUGUUCGGCGUGUCAGCAGAGGGGGUGUAUCUCUGCAACCCUGUCGAAUGCGUGCCAGAGUCUACGCUAUGGCCGCGUCUUACGUCUCCCUCGGUUCUUCUGGUUAGAACGAGAGACGUGCUAUCAAGGUUCACCGCUAGCACGGAUUUGUCGCCGCUGAUGUUUGUGCCUGAUCGACGCUUCCACACGUUUAAUGUUCUUGGUCAAGUAGCCAACGUGAUACGCGAAUGGCGUUCCACCGGCUGGUCGGAACACGGGACACGCACGCGCCACGUGCGGCUCCCGUGCGCUUACACCGCCGGCGUCACGCUCGCCGCGCUCACCGGCUCCGAGGCGCACCGCCGCCUCGUGCACGCGGCCCAGCUGCCCAUACUGGGGCCCGCGCCCGAGCGAUAGGGCUCCGCCACCAUUGUCCAAUGAUGGAGCACAAGAGGAAUUCACAAUCGUCGGGUCAGUGAAGUAACACAUACUCCAUCAUAAUUCUUAUUAACUGUUUUAUCAUCUAUGAAUGUCUCCGUAAAAUGUGCACGUAAAUUUACGUAUACGUACGUAUUACUCCGUUACGAACGAAUCGGAAACAAAAGAGCGAUUCACAUGUAAAAAACUAUCAAAUUGGUAAAUAAGGUCAAUUUUCCAUUAGCAAAUGCUCCACAACUAUCUUUCGAAACACGAUGCGCGUUAAAAUAAUUCUAUCACGCUCGCCCGGCCGUGCAGAGCUCGUACAGUCAUGUAAGAAUGUCUGGGAGACAUUGAACUCUAUUGCAAGGGCCAAAGGGUUGAUUCCUGGUCAGCUGCAAUGUAAGAAUGUCCGAGAGACAUUGAACUCUAUUGCGAGGGCCAAAGGGUUGAUUCCUGCGCACGCGCCACGUGCGGCUCCCGUGCGCGUACACCGCCGGCGUCACGCUCGCCGCGCUCACCGGCUCCGAGGCGCACCGCCGCCUCGUGCACGCGGCGCAGCUGCCCAUACUGGGGCCCGCGCCCGAGCGAUAGGGCUCCGCCACCAUAGUCGAAUGAUGGAGCACAAGAGGAAUUCACAAUCGUCGAGUCAGUGAAGUAAUACAUACUCCAUCAUAAUUCUUAUUAACUGUUUUAUCAUCUAUGAAUGUCUCCGUAAAAUGUGCACGUAAAUUUACGUAUACGUAUACUUUAUUACUCCGUUACGAAUCAGAAACAAAGAGCAUUUCACAUGUAAAAAAAACUAUGAAAUUGGUAAAUAAGGUCUAUUUUCUAUUAGAAAAUUCCUCACAACUACCAUUCGAAAUACGUUACGCGUUAAAACAAUUUAUCUAUUCGGCUUGCCCGGCCGUGCAGAGCUGGCACAACAACAAAUUAAUGUCUGAGAGAUAUUGGACUCUAUUGCAAAGGUUUACGGAUUGCUUCCUGGCCAGUUGCAAAUUGCAAUGUAAGAAUAUCUAGGCGACAUUGAACACUCUUGGACAAAGGAAGCAAGGAAUUCAGUAUAAUCGAACCGAGAAAAAGUGUCAGGGAAGUAUAAACUAGCCUCAAGAUCUUACUUUUACUAUCUAUGAGGUACUACUGGCCACACUCUUGGAUAAAGGAGCAUCCGAGGAAUUCAAAAUAGAGCUGCGAGCCAGGGAGUGUACAUUUACCUAUUCCAUUAUCAUUCUUAUUUUAGUACUUUUACUGUUCCAAAAAUCGUAAGAUGACUCCGUAAAAUGUGCACGUAAAUUUACGUAUACGUACGUAUUACUCCGUUACGAACGAAUCAGUAAUAAAAGAGCGAUUCACAUGUAAAAAUACUAUCAAAUUGGUAAAUAAGGUCAAUUUUCCAUUAUCAAAUACUCCACAACUACCUUUUGAGACACGAUUAAAACGAUUCUAUCACGCUCACCCGGCCGCGCAUGCGGCUCAGCUGCCCAUACUAGGGCCCGCGCCCGAGCGAUAGGGCUCCACUCGGCCUUGGAACUUAUGGAAACACUCGUGGAUAGAGGAGCUUCCGAAGAAUUCAAAAUAGAGCAGCGAACCAGGGACAUUUACCUAUUACAUCGUCAUUCUUCUUAUUUUAGCACGUAUGACUCCGUAAAAUGUGUCCGUAAAUUUACGUAUACGUACGUACCUACCAACCUCUUUCAAAAAUAAAAGCGUGAUUCGUCUUAGACUAAAAACUGUAUCAAAUUGGUAAAUUAGGUUUAUUAUCUAAUGCCAAAUGCACCAUUAUCUUUCGAAAUAACAUGUGAAUGUUUAAUAUUUUUCUAAAUACAUGCGUAUUCCAUUACUGCAAAAUCGAAUUGUCAAUAGAACAGAUUUUGAAAAUUGAGAACUUUCGCUAUAAGUAUACGAGAAGCAGUAUUUGAGAAUACAAAAGAGUUAAUAAAAACCGAUUCGCAAAUUAAAUAAUAGUAAGUGGAGUGAUUACUCGAAUGUUUUUCCUCUAAAAAGUUAUCAAACCAGCCCAAAUAAUAUAACUAUUUCGAUGCUUCAAUACCUUCGUGGUAUUCGAUUCCUUCAUUUCCGAUUUUACGAUUUAUUGUGAAGCAAUUAUUUAAAAAGACAAAACUAUUUAUUAACACCAAUUAUAAGGUAUAACAUUAUUGUAAGCGUUUAUAUUAUUAUUAGGAAGACAUAUCUAAUGUAGAAGUACCGAUAUUAUUAUGAUUCUUAUCGUUUUGUGUUUGAUGGUCAAAAAUAUGUAAAAUAAUUAAAUAUACGGUGAUUUGCAAGAUCACUAGAGUGUUUUGUGUUUUAAAUUAAGUAAAAGAAUUAAAGGAUCUUACUUUUAUUAGUACAUAAUAUGUAUUAUCUAAACCACCGUGCUAUAUAAAAACCGAAUUGUUUUUGUUAUGUUUGAUGAUUAGUGGCAUUUCAAGUAAGAAACAGUUGGCAGGAAAAGUAAAUUUGUGAGUACCUAUGAAAGUAAACCAACAACUACUGGCCCUUUACAAGUGUAUACUUUAAAGGAGGCUUCAGUUGGUUAUCUAAAUUAAUUUUGUUCUCUCAAAACACAAUCAUAUACCGCCGCAACUCAAUAUAAAUGCUCUUACUCAACAAUUUAUUAUUUAAGGUUAUUAUUACGUAAUAUUAAAUAUCGUAAGAUUUUCUCCAUACGAUUUAGGGAUCAUGAAUAAAUUAUGUUUCUUUCCUAUUUGUUUUUGUAAUAUGAUUUGGUCUCAUCUUAUCUAUUUAUUCUUUCCUGACUUCUCAUUCUUCUGUCAGCAUAAUUUAUUUAUGGUCUCGCAAUAUUGUUAUGUUGUUAUUUCCAUGUAAAGCUUCAUCAAUAUCGCUCAAAUAUUUUGUUAUUGCGUCUUCAUAGUGUAAGUAUAGAACUCAUAGUGAUUCGACGUUUCACAUUACUGAAGCGUGUGAUUGGCUAAAUUUUAUUAGCCACAUAAAAAUAAGGUGUAAAUAUUCCUGUAAAAGAUAUAACGUAAUUUAAUUAUAUAUUAGUAAAUUGGUGCUUACUAGUCAAAAUUAUAUUAGCACAUACGUCUGUAACCGUUGCAACACUCAUGUACGUUUGUUAUCAUAAUUGCACUUACUGUAAACAUAUUCUGGUAUUUCUGGUUAAUGAGACGGCCGUCUAAUAUAUAGUUAUGUUCAUCGUAUUCUAGUUAAUUAAUCGUUAAUAAGUUUGCCUGAUUGAGGGAAAUCAGCACGAAUUGCCGUCUCGUUGAAUUGAAAGAAUGAAUGUAUCGAAAUACAUAGGUUUGUACGUUUUUACUUUAUACUAUUGAGAUGUUUUACUUAAUUAAAUUGUGUAGUGAUUUCAGAAACAUUCAAAGAUUUUUCAUUGAAUUUGCAGCCUUAAAUUAGGUAAAAUUAAUUGCCACAAAUGUGGCAGAUUCUAAAAGCGUGGAUCUAAAAAACGUUGGCUUUACCUAUUAAUUUUGUUUACGUUUGUACUGAAUACUUUGUUACUCCAUAAAUAAAGUUUAAGUAGGUAAAACAUCUAAAUUUUAAGGCAUGAUCCAAACAGACAGGUUUGACUUUUCUACAUUCGGUUUUGUAGAUUUUCUCCCUAUGUUGGUGCCCUCUCAGUCUACUUAUCUAAGCAAAGGCAUAAGAGAUGGAACCCAAAACAUGGAAGUGGCAUUGUAGAAUGGGUUCACGGGGUUCAAGAAACUAUUUGUAUGCAAAAAGCGUAACACCACUUUACAUAGAUCUCGAUAUGUAAAUGUUUCAUUGUAACACGGAGAUAACGCUACAAGACCGAAUUUAGCAUAACAUAAGAUAAUGAUUCCAUGUGUUUUACAUAUUCAUCAAGAGUACUAUUUCUGUACGUUUGGCUCUUAUUGCUUUAUAAGCGCCUUAGAUUUGCAUUUUGUCUUUCCUGUAUGGGCCACGCCGCAUAUUCACACCGUCAUAUACUGUACCUUUUAUUUCUUAAAGUUGUUAAAUGUAUGUUUAAGUUGUAAAUUGUUCGUUGUAACUGUAUCCUCCUCACAUUGAUAUGCAAUAUUUGGUUCUUCUAAUGUGUAUCCACACUUGGAAGUAGUGUGAUAUAGUACCAAAUUGUUAACGAAUAAUGACCUUAUAAUGCAGUCAUGGUGGAACAGUGUUCUGGACAUUAAUGACGUCACUUUACAUAAAAGCAAUGUUAUGUAUAACAUUAUAUUUUUGGAAUAUACUAUGAUAGAAUAUA